AUGCGACACCACGAGGGCAAGACCUUCCGGUCGAACACACGACUCUUCAAGCGCGACAAGGCCCUCUACUUCCCCAACCUCAACGGCAUCACGCUCGCCUCGCCCAAAGAACCCCAAGACACGAGCGCGCUCCUCCGCGGCAAAGUCAGCGUCGUGAACCUGUUCUCCAGCGUGUGGGCCGAAUCGCAGGUCGCGACCUUCACAGGCCCCUCGCAGAACCCGGGUCUCUACGAAGCGUUCCAGACGGCGAGUCCGCUCGUGCAGAAGGUCGAUAUCAACGUGGAGGAGAACGCGCUGAAGGCGUGGCUGGUGCGCAUGUUCAUGUUCCGGAUGCGCGCGAAGCUGGACCCCGCACAACAUCCGCGGUGGUUCAUGGUGCGGAAGGGCCUGACGGAGGGGCUGAGGGAGUCGAUUGGCAUGAUGAAUAGUAAGGUGGGGUAUGUGUAUCUGCUAGAUGAGAACUGUCGGAUUCGCUGGGCGGGCAGCGGUCCGGCCGAGCCGGAAGAGUUGGAGGCGCUCAAUAAUGGCGUGCACAAGCUGAUCCAGGAGAAGAAGAUCAGCAUGGAGUCGGAGCUGCCGGCUCAGGAAUGGGAGGCUAGGACGGGCCACGAUGACUCGGCCAGUUUGAAGCCCAGGGUGGUUAUGAAGCCGUGA